AAAAUGUUUUAUAUAUUCCCUUGUUUUUAGAGUUUUAAAUAAAAAUGAAAAUUCUAUGUUUAUAUAUCUUGUUCGGUAUAUUUAUCCUACCAUCACAUAGUUUCUCUGCCUUGUUUGAAAAACAAUGCACAAAUCGUUACGAAUUUCGACAUGAUGUACCUCACAUAUUUCCUUACCUGAAAAACUGCACUUAUGUCAGACAACAGCACCCGAUAUGUGGAAAAAACAUUGUCAUAUCGUAUGCUGAGCAUGCGCCGUACGUAACAUUUAACCACACCACUGGCAGACCAGUAGGAUUCUUACCAGGUAUGCUUCGAUUGGCCAUGGAAACGUGUUGUUACGGUUGUGCAAACUUAACUUUUAUUGGUCCAUUUAAAGCAGUAGACAAAUUCUUUCAAAAUGCAACCGUAUUAAUGCCGGUUGAGUCAGCUAGUAACAGCAAAAAGUUCGUUGGUAUGGAGUAUAUUUCGUUUGUUGAUGUUCCAGGGGUAAGUUUUCUGGCAAGAGAAUCAACUGGAAGAGCUACUAAAUUGACAAAACAUCUUUUCAAAUCUGUCAUCAACACAUGGCCGUUGUUUUUAACAGCUUUUUUAAUGGCAAUCAUAGCCGGAUGUGUUGUUUGGGUGCUGGAUACCUGGUUCAACAGAUACGAAUUUCCUUCAAGCUUUCCACGAGGACCAUUUGAAGGUUUUUGGUGGGCAUUUGUUUCUAUGACUACUGUAGGGUAUGGCGACCGUGCACCGAAAUCGAUAAUUGCACGUUUAUUCGCAGUGUUGUGGAUUUUGUUGGGCAUCACAAUAUUCUCAAUGUAUACAGCAACGCUGACAUCAGCACUUUCAGCUAAUGUAGAAGCUUUAAUGAAAGAACAAAUAAUCGGAACAACGGUGGCAGUAUUAAAUACUACGGCCGCCGGUAGAUCGGCCGUUGUGCAAGAAGGAGCGGACGACAAGGGAUAUGGAAAUAUCAAAGAACUUAUGAGAGCAUUGUUGAGUGGUAAAGUACAAUCAAUAGCCAUCGAUGAUAACAUAGUGGCCUACCACAUGAAUUACCUCAAAGGACAACUCCCAGACAUCAGGGAGCAUCGACAUGUCAACAUUAAGCAUAAUUCGUACGGAAUUGCAACUUCAGCCCAAACUUAAAUUAUGAACAACAUU